AUGUACAGACCUGCACUGGCCAGGACAGGCAUCAGGCUCACCGCCGCACCCCUUUCUCAAGCAAUAGCAGCACGCACAGCAACAACACCCAGACUGCCACUGCUGACCCAAUCCGCCUCCUUCUCCCUUGCCCGCGCCGCAUUCGCCGCCCCUCCAGUCGCAUUCCGUCCACAGGGCCAAACAGUCGAUGUCCAGGGCUCCGCACUCGACAAAGCAGGCUCCUACUUCCUCAUGACGGAAAUGUUGCGCGGCAUGUAUGUCGUUCUCGAGCAAUUCUUUAAACCACCCUACACCAUCUUCUACCCAUACGAAAAGGGACCCGCGUCGCCGAGGUUCCGUGGAGAGCAUGCAUUGCGCAGGUAUCCAUCUGGCGAAGAACGGUGUAUCGCUUGUAAGUUGUGUGAGGCUGUAUGCCCGGCUCAAGCCAUCACCAUUGAAGCGGAGGAACGCGCCGAUGGUGCGCGACGGACGGUGCGGUAUGAUAUUGAUAUGACCAAGUGCAUCUACUGCGGGUUCUGUCAAGAGUCGUGCCCCGUGGAUGCGAUUGUUGAGACGCCCAAUAUUGAGUACUCGACAGAAACACACGAGGAGUUGCUGUACAACAAGGAAAAGUUGCUCGCUAAUGGUGACAAGUGGGAAGUGGAAUGUGCUGCAAAUCUUAGGGCGGAUCACCUGUACCGUUAG